UUAUGCAGACGUCACCGGGGAGCCCCCGCCCUCUCCUGCAUCUCAUUAAGUGCCUGGUGUGUUUCUCGCUCCCUGUCAAUAAUCCCGGAUCCCAGACUUCUCCGUUCCUCCGGAUUUCGAUCCCCCUUUUUCUAUCUGUCAAUCAGCGCCGCCUUUGAACUGAAAAGCUCUCAGUCCAACUUCAACUCACUCAAACCCGAGCGGCACAGGCUCCCCAUAUCCGCGGCGACUGCCCCCCCCGUCACAGCUGACUUCUGGGCUUGGUUUGUUGCAUUUUUUUUUUUUUUUUUUAACCCCCCUCCCCCCCCGCUGCUCCCCCCUCCCCACGGUUUAUAUAUUUUUUAUUAUUAUUAAUUUUUCCGCGAGUGCGUGCGCGGGUGUGCGUGUGCGCGCAGUGCACGCCGAGCAGCUCCCGGGAAGAAAGAAAGAGAAAAUCCCGAAGAAGGAAAGGAAGAAGCCUAAAGUCACUGGUGCAAAGGAGCAAAGAAGAGACGUUUCCCUCCCCUCCUCCUCCCUCUUUUCCCCUCCCCAGGAGGAAAGAGAAGGGGAAAAAAAAGAAACUUUCACCUUGGACUCUUCUUUUUUGGUGCAAACUUUCCCCCCCCCCCUCUUCUUUUUCCUUCCCCCCCCCCCCCCAUUCCCCUCCUUUUUUUUUUUUCUUCUUUUGUUUUUCCCCUUCCCCUUUUUGCAAAAUUGCUGCUGGUGGGGUGAAGCAGGAGGAAAAUGCCGCAGCUGAACGGCGGUGGAGGGGACGACCUGGGCGCCAACGAUGAACUGAUCUCUUUCAAAGACGAAGGGGAGCAGGAGGAGAAGAUCUCCGAGAACUCCUCGGCGGAGAGGGAUUUAGCUGAUGUCAAGUCGUCUCUCGUCAAUGAAUCAGAAACGAAUCAAAACAGCUCCUCAGACUCGGAGGCGGAGCGGCGGCCCCCGCCUCGGUCCGAAACUUUCAGAGAUAAAUCCCGGGAAAGUUUAGAGGAAGCUGCGAAGAGGCAAGAUGGAGGGUUGUUUAAGGGCCCACCAUACCCGGGUUAUCCCUUUAUAAUGAUCCCCGACCUCAGCAGCCCGUAUCUGCCCAAUGGAUCGCUCUCUCCGACGGCGAGAACGUAUCUGCAGAUGAAAUGGCCACUGCUUGAUGUUCAGGCAGGGAGCCUUCAGAGUAGACAAGCCCUCAAGGAUGCUAGGUCUCCAUCUCCAGCACACAUUGUUUCUAACAAAGUGCCAGUUGUGCAGCACCCACACCAUGUACACCCUCUUACGCCGCUUAUCACAUACAGCAAUGAGCACUUCACACCAGGAAACCCUCCUCCACACUUACCAGCUGACGUAGAUCCCAAAACAGGAAUUCCAAGGCCUCCACAUCCUCCAGAUAUAUCUCCUUAUUAUCCAUUAUCACCAGGCACUGUAGGACAAAUCCCCCAUCCGCUAGGAUGGCAAGGUCAGCCAGUGUACCCAAUCACGACAGGGGGUUUCCGCCACCCUUACCCAACAGCUCUGACUGUCAAUGCUUCCAUGUCAAGCUUUCUCUCCUCUAGGUUUCCUCCACACAUGGUCCCGCCACACCAUAGUUUACAUACAACUGGAAUUCCUCAUCCGGCCAUAGUCACACCAACAGUCAAACAGGAAUCUUCCCAGAGCGACGUCGGCUCACUCCACAGCUCAAAACAUCAGGACUCCAAAAAAGAAGAAGAGAAAAAGAAGCCACACAUAAAGAAACCUCUUAAUGCAUUUAUGUUGUAUAUGAAGGAAAUGAGAGCAAAAGUUGUAGCAGAAUGCACAUUGAAAGAGAGCGCAGCCAUCAACCAAAUCCUCGGUCGAAGGUGGCACGCGUUAUCCAGAGAAGAGCAAGCGAAAUACUAUGAACUAGCAAGAAAGGAGCGACAGCUUCACAUGCAGCUGUACCCAGGCUGGUCUGCACGGGAUAACUAUGGAAAGAAGAAGAAGAGGAAAAGGGAUAAGCAGCCAGGAGAGACCAAUGAACACAGCGAAUGUUUCCUAAAUCCUUGCCUUUCACUUCCUCCGAUUACAGACCUGAGCGCUCCUAAGAAAUGCCGAGCGCGCUUUGGCCUUGAUCAACAGAAUAACUGGUGCGGCCCCUGCAGGAGAAAAAAAAAGUGCGUUCGCUACAUACAAGGUGAAGGCAGCUGCGUCAGCCCACCCUCUUCAGAUGGAAGCUUACUAGACUCUCCUCCGUCCUCCCCUGCCAUGCUCGCCUCCCCCUCCAGAGACUCGAAACCACAGACUGAACAAACGCAACCCCUCUCGCUCUCAUUGAAGCCGGACCCGCUGGCGCACCUGGUGAUGAUGCCGCCGCCAUCCUCGCUCGUGCUCGCUGAGAGCGCCGCGAGCAAGCCCGGCGCCCUGCCCGCCGCCAGCUGCCCCAACGGGGCCCUGGACCACCCGCCGGCCGCCCUCCCGCCGGCCGCCGCCCCGUCCCUCGCACAGCCCUCGACGUCCUCCUUGCAUUCCCACAGCUCGCUGGCGGGGACACAGCCCCAGCCGCUCUCCCUUGUAACGAAGUCCUUAGAAUAGCUUUAGCCUCGUUAGCCCUUUCGGUUUCCUUUCGGGGGGAUUGAAUUCUGUUGGUAUUUGGGGUUUUAGGGUUUUGUUUGUUUGUUUGUUUGUUUGAUUUUUUUUUCCUGUUCUUUAUUUUUUUUCUGCUCCUCGUUGUCGUCCGCUGUUUGUCGUCGUUCCUCGGUUUCAUUUUUAAUUUGUGCCAUGUGGCUACAUUAGUUGAUGUUUUAUCGAGUUCAUUGGUCAAUAUUUGACCCAUUCUUAUUUCAAUUUCUCCUUUUUAAAUAUGUAGAUGAGAAAAGCCUCAUGAUUCUGCCAAAAUUUUUAUCAACAGCUGUUUAAAGUCUUUGUAGCGUUUAAAAAAUAUAUAUAUAUACAUAAUUGUUAUGUAGUUCCAAUAGCUUAGUUUUAAAGACUGAUUUUAAAAAUUAAAAAAAAAAAAAAAAAAGAAGCAAUUUUGAAGCAGCCCUUGCCAGAGGCAUUGGUUCUUUAUUAUUUGUAUUAAAUACGAGCUUGCGAACCAAUCAUUUUACAUCUGGUUUUUAAACCUUUAAGGGCAUAACGAAUGCGGUGCCGCUACUACUUCUUUUUUUUUCUUCCUUGUGUGAAACAACCUUUAUUGUGAUGUUACUUGUUAUUGUUUAAAUGUACAGAAACAAAGGGUUAAAAAAAUGUGUUAAUAUACCUUGUUCCAUGGUGUUGUUCUUUUUGGGGGAGGGGACGCUACUCAACAAUUAAAAAUAUCACAACGCUAUUGGACCAGUAGUAUUUAUUGCUUUAGAAAUUGCUUGUUGUAUCUGUAUGUUGUCCCUUUUUAAAUGUUUUUUUCUUCUUUUUUUUUUCUUGAAACAUUGUAUAAAGUUUUUUUUUUCCUUUAGUGUAAGCAUCUUAUAUAUAACAACUCAUUUGUACAAGGUUUUUAAGUUUAUAUAUAAAUGUGUAUAUAUAUAUUUUUUCCGGGAUUUUGUUUUUGAUUUCCUUUUUUUCCUUUUUUUUUUUUUUUUUUUUUUUUUUUGCUAUAUGAAAUACAGUUGCCACCAAAUGGACAUUCGCAGAUGCAUUUUUUCAAGGAUCAAUAGUGUAAAGAAUAAAAUUGCUUUAAAAGCCAUUACACUCAAAAAAGACUUGAAAAUUUAGCAAGGGAAUUUUUAGCAAUGCUGUUUGAAAAAUAGCAAGGUCCAAGUGUCUCCUGUUCAGAACUGCAGCUGAAUCCCCUGCGACAUUAGGACUGUAGGCUGUGUGCAAAAUUUUUAUGUGCCAAAAUUCUCAGUGACUUUUAACUUUCUCCCGACAACUUUAUUAUUUUUUUUUUAAUGCUGUAAAUUUUUUGUUCAUCAUGUUUUGCUGUGAUGUUACAUAGGUAGAUAUGUAUGUAGUUUUAAUGUCACCUAUAACAGACGUGUUUGGUAGCAGAUUGUCCGGAAAGCAUUUAAAAUGAAGAGGUAUAAACCCUUAAGGGCCAAAUUCUGUAUAUUAGAUUAUUCAUAAAAGGAAAAUCAGACUGCCACUUUUAUGUACACUUACUACAUACAGGUAGGUAGCAAACUUAAAACAAAAAAAAAACCUAGGCAUGUUGAUGUUGCAAAAAACGCUGUAUAAAGCUGAAAAAAUUGUUCAUCUGUUCAUUCAGUGCCAUUGUAGUUGACAUGAAGCGAUUGUAAAACUGUCUCAGAUUUUUCUCUGGUUUAUUAAGAUGCUAACUAUAACAUUUUUUGUGAAUACUUUGAAUGUUUCCUAACAGUUGUGAUGUUACUGUUCCGUUUUAUGCUCUUAUUCCGAUUUUCAUUUUUAAUGGUUUGGAAGCCAUUUUUUGUAAUGAAUAAAUGUUCAUGCUGUACAGUAUCUGUAGCAUGCAGUUCUGGAUUAAUAAAAGCAACUUAGUA